AUGAUGCGCAUUGGCAUCUCGCGGUGGUGCUCAGCAUGGCAUAGCUCGAGCUCCCGUAGCGUCAGCGACUGGUGCAGCAAGACUCUGCUGUCCGCGUCAAAGGCGCUCGCCUCCGGUGACGUCUCGGCCGUGGAGCUUACACAGACCUGUAUUCAUCAGGUCGAAAAGACACGCGCCUUUAAUAUGUUUGUAUCCACGGACUUCGAGCGCGCGUUGCAGCUUGCCAAAGCGUCAGACGAACGACGUGUAGCUGGUCAGUCUCUCGGUCUACUGGACGGUAUCCCCAUAGGCGUCAAGGACCUGUUCUGCAUGGAGAAUGUGCCCACCACAGCUGCCUCUAAGAUCCUAGAGAACUUUGUGUCUCCGUACGAGUCGACAGCCACUAAAAGGCUGCUGGACCAGGGCGCUGUGCCGCUUGGGAAGCUCAACAUGGACGAAUUCGCCAUGGGCUCCGGUACACUCUAUUCCAAAUUCGGAGCCACCAUCAACCCUUGGUCCAAAGAUCUCAGAGACAAGGCGGUCGUAGCUGGAGGAAGCUCUGGUGGCAGUGCAGCUGCGGUGGCGUCAGGAUGCUGCUUUGCUGCUCUGGGAUCCGAUACGGGAGGCUCAGUGCGUCAGCCUGCUGCGUACUGCGGCAUUGUCGGACUGAAGCCUUCGUACGGACGUGUGUCGCGUCACGGCAUGAUUUCGUAUGCGAGUUCUCUUGAUACGCCAGGUAUUUUCGCUAGAUCUGUCGGAGAUGCCACCGCUGUCCUCCAAGCUAUUGCUGGUCCUGAUCACAUGGACUCGACCUGUAUGACCGACGCGCUGCCUGGAAACUGGUGCACAAACACAGUGGAGGCAUCACAGCAGUCCAAGAAAGUCGACCUGACUGGUGUUCGAGUGGGUGUUCCCGCAGAAUACUUCGUUAAAGAGCUGCCCGAGGAGAUCCUAAACGUAUGGGACGAAGGUGUCGCCUGGCUUCGUGAUGCAGGAGCUCAGGCUGUUAGCGUGUCGCUGCCAACGACGAAGCUGUGCAUCCCAGCGUACUACAUUCUAGCUUGUGCAGAGGCAUCUUCUAAUCUGUCUCGCUAUGAUGGCGUUCGCUACGGCUACAGGGCCAAGGACAAAGUAUUAGAGACGCAAGAAGACCAAUCCGAUGCCCUCCAUGACUUAUACUGCAGAACUCGAUCGGAGGGUUUUGGAGAAGAAGUGCAGCGCCGUAUCCUAUCUGGCACCUUUGUACUGUCCGCUGGAGCCAUGAGUGACUAUUACGAACGAGGCGUGAUUCUGCGCCAACGUAUUCGACAGGAUUUCCAGCGAGUUUUCGAAGAGCAAGGCGUCGAUGUCUUGCUGACCCCAACGACGCCCUCAGGUCCAUUUCCUGUCCAUAACAAGCAGGCGAAGGAAGACCCAGUCAGUAUGUAUCUCAACGAUGUCAUGACUGUACCUGCGAAUAUGGCUGGCGUGCCUGCCAUUUCGGUUCCGGCAGCUCUGACGAGCGAUGGUGACUACCCUCUCGGACUACAGCUCAUGGGUGCGCGCAAGACGGAGGAGCGUCUGCUGCAAGUAGCAAAUGCUCUUGAACAGCGAGCUGGUUUUGGAGAUCUAGUUCCUGCACGUGUGUACGCAACUGAAAGAUAA